AUGAGGGCUGCUGGGUUGUUUCCUUCAUUCCAUGCAGCUUUCGUACUGCUGAUUCCAGCUUUAGCUGAAUCCGGCGUGCGUGUGGACCCGGCCACCCAGAGCUUUGUAGACUCCGCGGGGCGGAGUGUGCUCUUCCACGGCAUAAAUGUGGUUGGCAAGAACUCGCGCAAGGAGCAGGAGCUGUCUGAUAAGCAGAUGGAUGUCAUGAAGGACCUAGGUUUCAAUGUGGCGCGCGUCGGUUUGAGUUGGGAUUUGUAUGAGACGAAGCCUGGCAACUUCGACGAGACCUACCUGGACUUUGUGGAAGCACAGGUGAACGCACUGGGAAGCCGAGGCAUUCUCUCGUUCCUGGACAUGCACCAGGACCUCUUGGCUGCACAGUACUGUGGGCACGGACUACCGGAGUGGCACAUGUGGCCAUCUGAUUCAGAGGAUUUCCACAGAGAUGGGCGAUGGGCGUUUCCCAAGCCUGUGGCUGAGCCAAAGUAUGGCCCUGAUGAUCCCUACUCUGGUGCCUUUGGUCGGAUCAGCAACUGUGAUGAAGCGCAAUCUGGUAAGAUUGGCUGGGCAGGGAUCUACAUGACUCGCGCCCUUUCCAAUGCAGCCCAAAACCUGUACAACAAUGCAUCUGGGAGGCUUGACGCCUUCGCCGACUUCUGGCGCAAGGUUGCUCGAAGAUUCCGGGGCAACCAGUAUGUCCUAGCCUACGAGCUGAUCAAUGAGCCUUGGCUGGGUGAUGUCUAUGCAGAUCCGACUCUCCUGGUACCUUCCCGUGCUGACAAAGUGCUUCUGGCGCCUUUCUAUGAAAAGCUGCACGCUGCGAUUCGCGCGGUGGACAACGAGACCAUCAUCUUCUUCGAGCCCGCGACUGGAGGCAACAUCUUUGACACUACGCACUACGGUGCAGACACCACUCCGGGCGGGGCUGGGUACCGACACAAGACGGCCCUGAGUUAUCACAUCUACUGCCCCUGGGUGCAGACAGACAUGCCCGGCACAUCGUCCUCUGCUCUGAAGGAAAAGGUUUGUGAAAAGUUCAACGGCUGGCAGUUUGGCAUCAGAGCAGCGGACGUCAAGCGCUUGAAGGUGGCAGCUAUCCUCAGUGAGUUUGGAGCCGUCAAUGCAAGCGACCCGUUGAUGCAGAAGUUGCUGGACUUCUCCAUGGAUUCCAUGGACUCCAAUCUACACUCCUGGACCUACUGGUACAUGCACCCCAGGGAGGAUGGCAAGAACCCUGAAGCGCCAGUCUUGGCAAGAACUUUCGCCAGACGUGUAGCAGGGGCGAUCAAGAGCAUGCACUUUGACAUGGCCUCGGGGAACUUCAGUCUUGAGUAUGCUGCGGAUCCCUCCAUCUCAGCACACACAGAGAUUUUUGCUAGCCUCCAGCACCACUACCCACAUGGGCUGGACUACUCCCUGGAGCCUCCGUCGGCAGGGAAGGUGCGCCAGGCUGGAAGUCUCCUAUGGAUCGAACACUCAGCAGACCUCCAGAAGCAGACUGAGGUGACCUUCAGGCUGUGGCAGAAGGCGCCGGAGAGCGUCCACUGGGAGCCGAUGCUGCUGAGUGUGUAG